GCUGCUUUUCAAGAAAGGUGUCUCCGAAUCGGCAUGACGCCGGAGCUGUAUGGCAAGCUCAAAGAUAAGGGCUAUGACACCUUCGGGAAGAUCGCCUUUGCUGCUGCGAGCUCCCCGCAGGCCCUUACCGAUGAGGCCAUCGAUGUGUGGUUGGCCACGGUCGUAGAUCCAAGGCCUUCAGCGUUCCAGGUUUCGGUGAUCAGGCGGCUCCUAUUUGAAAGCCAGUCGCUCAACAUCGCUGACUUGCGGACCCGUGUGGAAGGCCAGCCUGAAAACACAAUCAAGAAACUUCCCACUGCUGAACGAAUAGCCAGACAAGAAGCUCAGCAGGCUCGCUUGAAGGGAGUCGUCUUCACGGUGUCGAACCAGCCAUCCCAUGCGAGCAUCGAUCAGGUCACCGACAUGUUGGAAAACAAUUCCUUGCGGUACCUGCCGAUGAACAGGUGGACCUCCCGGUCACAGGAGCUGAGCUUGGCAAAGAAGGACUCAUCGAUCCAAAUUGACGCGGAGGGAAACCUCAAGCUAGGCACUAAGGUCCCGGAUCCUGUUUGCGACACAAAUGGUGCUUAUGCGCUUCGGCAAGCCUUCUUUCGCCGCUCGCUGGCUCUGGACCUAGGGAACCUCUGCACCUUUGAGGUGAUGGAGGAGUGGGUCAACACCAUCUUCGAACUGACCCAGCGGCAGGUUCCCACCGGGUACACCAAGGUCUCCUUGUCCCAGAUUGUAGCAGCAGAUAAGGAACUCUUCAUCAGGGCAGCGAACAACCUUGAAGGAAAGCUCCAGAAACCAGUGGGAGCUUCCAAGCCGUUGGAUGCAGAGCUGAAGCGUUUGUCUGUGUCGCAUGACAUCACGCAGUUCUUGUCACCCUUGCUCACCCCGCCUCCGCCGGCCCAUCCUACCAAGAGGCCCCAGGAUGGUGACGACGAUGCACCGCCCAAGAAGACUAAAGGCAAAGGUGACAAAGGCAACAAAGGUGGCCAUGGCUUCCAUGUCCGAAUCAGAACUCAGGGCCACUGCCUCUUUGAGGCCUCUAACUCCGAGGUUACCGAUAACUUCAUAGAGGGACCCUACACCGAGGCCCAGGUCACUGAAAUUUUCGGCCAUUCGAAUUGGGGCAUCAUUCCCAGGUUCGUUCUUGAGCAAGGCCUUGAGAAGAAGAUUCGACCCAUAGAUGAUGGGCAUGCUUCGCAGGUCAAUAAGGCUUUCACUUCCUUGAUUAAGCUGGAACUUCAAGGGGCCGACUUCGUUGCGGGUCUGGCCCUGCUGAUCUCCCAGGCCGAAAAGGAACGUUCAGAGCGCCUAGGUGUCGCUGCUAGGAAGUGGGUGGGUCGGACCCUAGACCUCUCAAAAGCUUACAAACAACUAGGGGUACUCCCGCAACACCGUGACAUCGCCGUCAUCUGCCAUCCCAAUGAAAAUGGUGAACCGCAAUUCUUUAUUGCGAACGCACUGAUGUUCGGCUUGACAUCGUCGGUGUAUGGAUUUGUAAGAGUAGCUAGAAGCUUGCAUUUCCUUCUGGCCAAAGUGCUGAAGAUCCCUUCAGCCAACUACUUCGACGAUUACCCUCUCUUCACGUUGAGAGAUGGGGCCCACGAGCUUGAUGGUUUAACUUCCGAAUUCCUAGAAUUGCUGGGGUGGCGCUUCGCCCAGACCGGGGUAAAGGGUCAACCGUACGAGGAGGCCUUCACAGUCCUCGGAAUGCAGCUGGACAUCAGUCGUUUGCAUGAAGGUGCUGCCGUGCUGGCAAACAAGGAAGGCCGUGUCAAGCGCAUUUCCGAAAUGCUGGGCAGCAUUUUUGACAAGGGAGCCCUGGGCAGGCAUGAGGCGCAAGUUCUCCUUGGACUCUUGAACUAUGCCUCAGGUUUCUUUGCAGGCCGAUCCUUGAAGCCAGCGUGCCACUUCCUGCUCUCCUUGGUAAGGGGGAAGCGCCAAACGGCUGCCGAAAUAAAGCGCUUCUGCAAAACUACGCAGGCUGUCUUGAGCACCACUCCACCUAGAGUCCUUCGCAUCUUUGACCCUCGACCGCCCAUUCAUGUUUGGACGGAUGGAGCUUGGGAAGAUCCUUGGGCGGGAAUAGGUGCGGUUGUUCUUGACACGCUAGAUGAUAGUGCCAGGGUUUUUGCCGGUUGUGUACCCGCUAAGCUUUUGGAACGCUGGAAGCUGGAUGUGGGAUCGCAACUCAUAUGCGAGAUCGAGCUCUACGCUUUGGUCACUCUGCGCCGCAUGCUCCAAAACAGCUUGUGCAACAGAAGAGUCAUCUUUUGGCUUGACAACGAGGCCGCACGCACCUCAGCCAUCAAAGGUUUGAGCCAGAGCGAGUCGAUGUAUCGCCUCGCCCAUUAUCUUGCAGUGAUCGAAGCUGAGGCGCCUUGUAUCGCUUGGUACGAGAGAGUGCCUUCCUUUUCCAACAUAGCCGAUCCCCCUUCACGAGGGGAGGGGCACAGCAUCCUCAGCUUGGUAGGCGCCAAGGUUGCCAAAGUACAAAAAGGAAGUAUCACUUUCGGCGUGUACCAUGAACCUGAGGAGUUCGUGGCGAGGGCGUUGAGCGUGCAGCAUCCGUGUCAUUUGGAAAGCCUUUUGCCAUCCGAGCUUGUCGAGGCCAUACGAGAAAAUCAUUCCAAAGAAGAGUUGGAAACUGCCGAAAGCCAGUUCAAGGGAUCCUUCAGCGCCCAUCGACGUCAGGACGAAGAUUUGAUUUCUGAUCUGUCGAACGGUUUCGACUUAACCGGCGUGCUAGCAGCCACAGAGAAGGAGUUAGCCAAAGGCUUCGUUGAGGGGCCGGUGAGUGCUAGCGACAUCCCUAGUGAUGGGACGGUCACACAUCGCUUUGGAGUGAUUCAAGGGGCCUGGGGGGGUGGGGGGGAUGGCAGGGGCGCGGCGGCUCUUUCAGUUGUACGCCCGGCCACUGCGGCUUCGGACCACAGCAUGUCAGUUUUAGUGCAUUUUCAGUUGGCCUUUUUCUUUGGCCACGAAACCUUUUCAGUUUUGCCUUUGACUUUUCGAACAAUCUCUGGAGAGCUUUUGCGGAAUCUGAUCUAUGCAUCCGAUACAUUGCGGACCAAUCGGGAGGGGAUCUUAGAAAUUUUAGUUACGGGGGGGCGCCUUUCAGGCUUCUUCGCGCAAUGGCAUUAUAUGACGGAGGAUAGGCUCUGGAAUCUUCUUGAAGAUACCGGCUGCACUUGCGUGAGGGAGCUGCGUUUGCAUUUUGAUACUCCUUGGCACCUGGCCUGCUCAGUGGACAGCUUAGAGGAUUCAGUGGUCCUGGCCGAGCAGAUCCUUCCGUCUGCUGUGUCCUCAGACCAUAAGAGAGCUGGCGCGCUUAUUUGGGGCUGGCUCCGGGAUCAAACUGACUUGUUGAAGCGGGUGCAAGGUAGGCUAAAGACGAAGGCUACGAGGAUUGUGGCGCCUCCUUGUGGUGAUGUUUCUCCUGGUGAGGUUUAUGCACAAUUGGUGAGCGGCAGCCUUGAGUUAACGAAGCAGACCAGUAGGGCUCAUGCGAGAUGGAUCUCGAGUGGGGCUGGUACGCCAGCUGAUGCUGAGAAGGCUGCUAGAAAGUUCUGGGGUACAGUCUUGGUGCAAAUUAUGGUGGAGGCUAAGCUUCCCAUCGUGGAUAUUCCGGUUGAAAGUGAGGAGCAAAGGGAACCGGGCACGAGCUUGGCGCAAGGCUCGGGACUGGAUGCUUUGAAGUCAGUCGCUUUCCCGCGGCGUCCGAGUGACGUUGUGGACUAUCUCCUCUUCUUGGAGCAGGAGGUGGGCACCAAGAGCUGUAUUUCGGAGUUUAUGAGUGCUCUAUCUGUUCUGGAGGAUGCAGGGCAGGUUCCUUUGGCCAGCCAGUUGUGCAAGGACAGAUUGGUGGUUGCUGCCUCGAAGAGCUCAGAGGCAGAAGUUCAUGUGGGGGUCACGAGCAAGAAGCAGGCGGCCCCCUUGUCGGUGGCAAUGCUGCUUUCUUUGGAGAUCUUUGUGGUGGCUGAGGUUCCCUUCUUUGUGGGUCGGGAUGUGGGGUUGUCUGGUCGUGAUUGGCUGCUCUCGGGUUUCGACUUGUGGAAGGGCCUUGGGCAGCUGGACAGGACUUUCUUGGUGUUCCAGUCAUCCGAAGAUUUUGAGGAGCCGAUUUUCAAGUUUGCGAAACCGGAGGUCAUCAGCAAUUACAUGCGUUUGAUCUGGCGACAGCUGAAAGAGGAGCUGUUUGAGGAGCUGCGCGAGUGGCUCCGCGAUCGGGGUUCUGUAUUGAAUCAGACUUGGCCUUUAUUGGCCGAUUUCACCGACGGGACGGACAACGCUGCCCCGGAAUGGCUGCUGGGUCACUCCGAGCAGUUGCCACCGCUUCGCCGAGGAGAAAGUGGAUCCGUCCUCGAGUUCGGGGGAGUCUUCGUCGACCGAGCUCGGGGAGCCGACUGA